GCACCACCGAAAACGCCAUCACAAACAAGCACAUGAAAAGGAGUCCGACCAGCGAAGCGAAGUGAUUGCCGUUCCGGAAAGCGAUUCCGACAACCCAUAACUAUGGUUCUGAUUGCGUGGAAGUGCCACUGGACACAAAUGAAAAUCGUAAGAGUAGGAGCAGAGAUCCGGUGGCCCCGCCACCUCCUCAAUUAUCUAAGUACGCCGAAUAUGAAAAGGAACGCCUAAAGAGGAAAAGGGAACAUUCCAGACAGCGCUUAGACAGGGACACAAAAGAAUACGAAGAUCGCAAUGAACGCGAACAUUCAAACAAAUACGAUGAUUAUGAAGAGGAACGGGAGAGAGCCAAACGUUAUCAUGAUUAUCACUCAGACCAUCGGAGUGAACGUGAGGUGAGAGAAUACGAGUAUGAACAACAUGAAGAAAAGCGUUCAAAACGAUCUAGACGUGAAUAGCAUGCAAUUGCCAAUGUGUUCACGUUGAAAAGAUGUCCUCGAAUACAUGAUAAAAUAACUAUGGUUCCUACAAUGUCAGCAAUUGGGUUUAAAUGCUCUAUCGGAAGUUCAAAGCGGUCGUUUACAAAUUAUUCCAAGUAAAUAUGAAGUGGAAUGGCAACGUUGGUUAGAAGACUGUCAUGAUUGGUGUAUAUUAAGGCAGCUAUGGUGAGGUCAUCAAAUUCCAGCAUACAAAGCGAUAACGCUAAAGAAGUAUUGGUGGCCGCCCACGACGAGCAAGAGGCUCUAAUGAAAGCUUUAGAGUUGUUAAAAAGCAUCGAUAUUUCUAUAACACGUGAUCAGGAUGUUCUGGAUACUUGGUUUUCUUCUGCUCUAUUACCGCUUUCAGUGUCAGGUUGGCCUAAUAAGGAAAUUAAAGGAUAUUAUCCUUUGGACCUUAUAGAAACUGGCCAUGAUAUUUUCUUCUUUUGGGUAGCACGCAUGGUUAUGCUAGGAUUGAUAUUUACUGGGCAAACACCUUUCCAAAAAAUCUUGCUAAAUGGUAUUGUUUGCGAUGCUCACGGUCGAAAAAUAUCCAAAAGUUUAGGUAAUAUAAUAACGCCGCAACAAGUAGUAAAAGGAGCCUCUCUGCAGAAUUCGCAAAAAGAAAUAGAAGCCUCAGACAAGGCGGGUAUCUUGAACGACCUUGAAACUCAAAAAUCAUUAAUAAGCGUGCAUCGAAUGUACCCGAGUGGUAUACCAGAAUGCGGUACGGACGCUCUUCGUUUCACUUUGUGCAGCCAUAAUAUUAAAAAUCACUUUAUUAACUUUGACGUCACCGAAUGUUAUACGAACAAAAAGUUUUUGAACAAAAUAUGGCAAGCGGCGCGUUUUAUUGCCGCGGCGGCUGAGAGUCUAGAGAUAUCCGCGAAAGUAUUUGAAGACUUCAAUGAAUCGCUUCUAUGCAAGUGGGAUUUAUGGAUAUUAAGCCGCUUGGCACAUACUCUUCAGCAAUGUAGAGAAAAUUUUGAAAAUUGUAAUCUGCACUUUGCGACAGCGGGAUUAAAAAAAUUUUUUUACAAUGAAUUAUGUGAUGUUUAUUUGGAAACUACCAAAAAUAAUAUUAAACUGAAGUCCCCCGAGGGCUAUGUGCAAUGUUCUAUUCUCUGCAUAUGCCUUCGUUCCGCCUUACAAGACUUGCAGCUAUUUACACCUUUUAUAUGCGAAGAACUCUUAAAAUAUAUACCUCAACCUAUUACUGUGGACGUAUGUAAAUUUUAUAAUUCAACUUUGGAAGCAGAAAUCGAGGCAAUUUUAGAGGUGUGCGAGCAGAUAAGACAGCUAAAGAGUCGCAGUCAAAUCUCACGUAAACAUGAACCAUAUCUUAGACUAUAUGCCCAUUCAUUGAAAGCUUUAAGCAUAUUGCAACCACAUCUCAGUGAAAUUAAGGCGCUGACGCUAACAGCUAAGGUAUUCUCGUAGAACAACAUCUCUUCGUCACCCAUCACAUUGCGUUAGUAAAUUUCCUGUAAAUUAACACGAACGACGCGUUCAGAGUGCUUUGCCUAGUCCUAGAAGACAUUGGUAAAAAAUAAUAGAACAUUUUGUUUUACCUCGGUUGGCGGGGCGGCUGGGGGUUUCAGGUAACCUGUUCAUAUAGCAAUCUCUAUAAUAAACAGUAUUUUCGCUAUUUUAUAAGAAUGCUCUAACCAUAUCUAAUAUCUCACCAUUUACUUGUGAUCAAAAAUGUGCUACUUAUGUGACAUUUCAUCAAAAACGUAAUUAGUACAACAUUAACGCGUCGCCG